AUGGCCUUCUCAACCUUGACUCUGGUUCUGGCUGUCUGCAUGCUUACUUGUUCGGCGCAGGUAUCGGCCGGUCUAGUGCAACAUUCAGACACGCCAGUGACACCACGCCCGGUUACUACAGAGUACCUGGACGAAUACGGCACUAAGACUGUCGGGCCCAUCAAGGGACCAGACAUACCAAGCAGUCCGAUACCCAGAAGCACCCAGUACCUCGACGACCUUUCGGCCAACACGGUACUCGAGAUCAUCAAGGAGCCAGACAGACCUGCCACUCUAACCAGAACCACGAAGUGGCUUAACGCGAUCUCGACCAAAGGGGUACCUGAGAUCAUGGUCACCACCGGGAUGGCGACCAGGGUUAAGGAGGUCGUCCCUCGCCCGGCGGGACCCGGGCAGACGAAGAUUCCACCCAAAUUGUCAAACGGCGUAUCAGAUCGUGUCAUGACCCUGUUCCUCGUUGCCGUGGGAUUCUUCUUCGUGUCGUUGAUCUGGCACCUGUACAUACGCGUCGGCUGGGACAGAGACGGCGUGAAACAGCUCGACAAGAGAGCCGUGGGAGCGAUGGAAUUGGGCCGGCUAGCUAGCACCAGCCAAGGAGACGUCGAGAGCAGGGGCAAAGGAAAGGCGAGAGGUGCAGGUCUGUGGCUCAACGAGGCCAACAAGGUGUCGUAG